ACACACACACACACAGACAUUACCCAUGUGCCGUCCCUCCCUGUGUCUCUGACUCUCUCCUCUGUCCUGAUCCUGUCGCCGGCAGAAAAUGAAAGGCCCAGAGGUGAUGAGCUUCCUAGAGUCAGGGAAGCGCAUGGACUGCCCCACAAGCUGCCCGGACGUCAUGUACACCCUGAUGAAGGACUGCUGGACAUACAAGCACGAGGAACGGCUGGGUUUCGCGAAAGUGGAGGAGCGGAUGCGGACCUACUAUUACUCCGUCUCAAAGAAGACACCGCCGGAGAAGCCUGAAGCCGCCGCCCUGGAGAAUGACCCGCCCGAGUAGAACAGACGAUCUCCGCUCACUGGGCCCUUUAGCGCCCUCUAUGGGCACCAUGGGAAUUACUGUACACAUGCAGCGGUUUUAAGUUAAUUUGUUGCUUGACAAGUGGAUUUUUAUAACCCAUUGGCAAAUGUUGAAUCAAACUCUCUCAUCUCAUUAGCAAUAUGUUUGUCUUAUUGCAGCAAAAAAAGGUGACAAAAAUACUUGAGAUUGAGUUAUUUUUUUUAUGUUUGCUGUGUAGGCCAAGGGCAGGAGGUAUGGUGAGCUCACUGUAAUUGGUCAGUUAGGGUCUGAGUCUCGACCAAAACCAACCUUCCCUGCAGCCCAACACCAUCAGGGCUCAGAUCUACAGCUAAAGCAGUGCAGAUAAAAAAGCAUAAGAUAGUGCACUCGGUCCUCUUCACAAGGCAGAAGAGAUAGGCGUGUGAGAAUGUACAGUUGCUAAUCUUCUCAAACGACAGCUGAAGUGUGUUUGCUGGCAAUGUUAUUGUUUUAUUUUGAAUGAUGUUACUCUGUAAAGUUUUGAUUUAUGAGACUUCUUCUCUUUAAAGCCUUUGCACGAGAAGCAUAAUGCCGCUUUAUUGUAAUGGUUAGAUUUAAUUUCUUGCAAAUACAUUUUUUUUUUACAUUUUGGCAGGAUGCCAAGUAUAUAAUUAUUAUAAUAUUAAUAUUUUUAAGGUAUUUUUGGCUUGGUCUUCAAGAGUGAAAUUGUAUUGUCUAUUGUGUAGUCAAAAAGUAGUCACCUCACUUCAAGUACUUUUUAAUUUUAAAAGUUUGUGGCAUGCAUAGUGGAAUCACUAUUAACUCUGUGAAGAGUAGGUUUUUAUGGGAAUGUUUUUUUUCAGUGUUCUAGAACUGCAUUGCUUUGGAUUACCAGUACUGAUUGUGACAUCGGCAUUAGAAUGUUCAAUUUAGAACAUUCUAAUUGCAUAUUUGUGAUCUUUACACCAUGAAGGGUUAAUG